AUGAUGGACUCCGCUCCAGAGUGGAAAAAAGAGCAGAAAUUUUUAUUAAAAAAAUAUGUAUACAUUGAGUAUAAACUUAAAAUUCUAACGCAUUUCAAGUUGGAAAAAAUAAAAAAUAUGAAGAAUCAUGUACAUGUACAGCGAAAAAUAACAUAUUCUAUCUAUUUGUCAGCUAAACUGUUACUUUUCUCUCAUUUCCCUCCCCUUCACACAACCACCUUGUUUGUCCAUACAAUUCAGCCUGUCCACCUACCUUUGUUCGAUGAGGAUCAAGUAGGGGAUACACCGAACCCAGCCUGGUCUGCUGGCGUAGUGACAAAAUUAUCAAGCCAUUAUUUAUUAAAUUUUCCGACACCAUUACACAAUAGACCUGACACUUUGCCCACAAUAUCGAGCAUGGGUAGUGUGCAUUUUGCCAGCUCUAUCAUACUUUUAGUCGUGAAACCGAUAAAGGCAGUGGAGAUAGGUCAAGACAUAAAAGAAUUAACUGGUGCUAAGUCCGUCAAUUUAUGGAUCAUGAUACAACUAUUUGAGGAAGUGGUAGGCAGUGGUGCAUUAAAGGCUGCUUCUCCAUUGUCGCACAUACUACUCGAAUAUUCGUUGGCGUACUUUUCCAGUGAUAGAGGUAGAAAAUGGGCAAAUAAAAUUUACACUGCAGUGGCAUUUCAUCCGUUAGGUUACGUGCCAAAUGCAAAGGCAUCACGUGUAUCAGAAUUGUCUUUGGAAUACGGACAUAGUUCAAGUUUCAUUUGCACAAAUGAAUCUUUUUCAGAACUGAUUAGAAGUGCAAAGAAAUCAAGAGAUCAAGGACAUUGGGAAUAA